AUGUGGCGAAACUUCACAAGGGCGGCGCGCGUGGCGCGGUGGUGGGCUCGGGAGGGCGGCGAUGGCACACCAGAGGGUCAGGCGCUGGCGGGCAAGCCAAGCGUGUUCUUCCGCAAGACGGUGAAUGCGCGCACGAGUGACGGCCGCGCGGUGGCUGUCAACGCGCAGCAGUACGCCGUCCUCGUCAUGGACGUCCCCGACCUGCGCCGCAGUCGCAAGCCCACGUACGACUUUCCCGAGUGA